AUGGAGGACUACUCGGCCGCCCUGCAGCACCAGCAGCACUACCUGGAGCUGGCCUGUUCCCUGUCCAACCACAUUGAGGUGCAGAGGGCUUGGGCCACCAUUGGCCGCACCCACCUGGACGUCUAUGACCACAGCCAGUCGCAGGAGGCCUUGCUGCAGGCUCGAGCUGCCUUUGAAAAGAGCUUGGCUAUUGUGGAUGAGAAGCUGCACAGGACGUUGCCCAAGCGAGAGCUGAGUGAGAUGCGGGCCCGACUCUACCUCAACCUGGGCCUCACCUUCGAGAGUCUGCGGCAGACGGCCCUGUGCAACGACUACUUCAAGAAGAGCAUCUUUCUUGCUGAGCAGAACCACUUGUACGAGGACCUGUACCGUGCCCGCUACAACCUGGGCGCCAUCCACUGGCGUCAGGGGCAGCACUCCCAGGCUAUGCGCUGUCUGGAGGGGGCCCGGGAGUGUGCGCGCACCAUGCGGAAGGGCUUCAUGGAGAGCGAGUGCUGCGUCCUCAUCUCACAGGUUCUCCAAGACCUGGGUGAUUUUCUGGCUGCGAAGAGAGCGCUGAAGAAGGCCUACAGGCUGGGCUCCCAGAAGCCUUUGCAGAGGGCGGCUGUGUGCCAGACCCUCAAGUAUGUGCUGGCGGUGGUCCGGCUGCAGCAGCAGUUGGAGGAGUCCGAGAGCAGUGACCCUCAGAGCGCCAUGGGCAUCUGUGAGCAGCUGGGGGACCUGUUCUCCAAGGCAGGCGACUUCCCCAAGGCGGCGAAGGCCUACCAGAAGCAGCUGGACUUUGCGGAGCGGCUGGACAGGCCGGGGCCCGAGCUGGCCGUCAUCCAUGUGUCCCUGGCCGCCACCCUGGGAGACAUGAAGGACCCCCGUGGGGCUGUGCACCACUAUGAAGAGGAGCUGAGACUGCGUGAGGGCAACGCCCUGGAGGAGGCCAAGACCUGGCUGAACAUUGCCCUGUCCCGCGAGGAGGCCGGUGACACCUAUGAGGAGCUGGCACCAUGCUUCCAGAAGGCUCUCGGCUGUGCCCAGCAGGCUCAGCGGCCCCAGUUGCAGAGGCAGGUCCUGCAGCACCUCCACACAGUGCAGCUGCGGCUGCAGCCCCAGGAGGCUCCUGGCACUAAAGCCAGGCUCCAGGAGCUGCGUGUGGACCAGGACGAGGAGGAGGAGGAGGAGGACGGGGAAGGGGAGGAGGCCAGUGACACCAUGGAGGCCAGCGAGGUGGAGCUCUCAGACAGCGAGGGCGAGAGCCAGUCCCAGGACCUGGAGGAGGAGGAGGAGCUGCGGGGCUGCCUGGGCCGGCAGCAGGUGAACAAGUGGAACCGGCGCAACGAUGUGGGGGAGACCCUGCUGCACCGAGCCUGCAUCGAGGGCCAGCUGCGCCGUGUCCAGGACCUUGUGCGGCAGGGUCACCCCCUGAGCCCUCGGGACUACUGUGGUUGGACACCCUUGCACGAGGCCUGCAACUACGGGCAUCUGGACAUCGUCCGCUUCCUGCUGGACCACGGGGCCGCCGUGGACGACCCGGGCGGCCAGGGCUGCGAGGGCAUCACUCCCCUGCACGAUGCUCUCAACUGCGGCCACUUUGAGGUGGCUGAGCUGCUCAUUGAACGGGGGGCGUCGGUCACCCUCCGCACCAGGAAGGGCCACAGCCCGCUGGAGACGCUGCAGCAGUGGCUGAGGCUGUACCACCGGGACCUGGACCGCGAGACACGAGAGAAGGCUGGCGCCAUGGAGAGGAGGCUGAGGGAGGCCUCCUCGGGCCGAGCUCCCCACAGCCCCCUGGCUCCCCGGAGCCUCCCAAGUGACCAUCUAUUUGACCCUGAGACCUCUCCUUCCUCGAGCCCCUGCCCAGGGCUCCCAGAGGCCUCUCAGGCCAGUGCCAGGGUCUGCGAGGCACAGGCAGUGCCGGCUGUGGCCAGGCCGCGGAGGAGCAGGCACCAGCUGGCCAGCAGCAGCAGCUCGGAGGGUGAGGACAGUGGGGGCCCACCUGGAGCCCCCCAGAAGAGGCCUCGGCACUCCGCUCCAGCACAGCGAGCCGGGGCCUGCACGCUUGGCCGUGUCAACAAUAGGAAGGUGGCAGCAGCUGGCCGGGCAGCCUACUGGGCAGCCAUUCGAGGAGUGGGCAGUGCCCAGAGCUGCCGCCCCAAGCCUGGCCCACCUCGGGGCCCGGGUGAGGCCCCCACUCCCAUGGCAGCGCUGAUCCCUGAGGAGGAGUGUCUGGCCGGGGCCUGGCUGGAAGAUGACUCGCUGCUGACCCAGGGCCGCCGCCCACCCCACCCCCAGAGCCGUGGGUACAGGACCAGGCGCAGUGCCUCGGAGUCCAGCAGUGACGAGAGUCCUGUCAGGCCACGGGCCCAGGCCAGGCAGAGCCAGCUGCCCCGUCUCAGGAGUUGGAGUGCCGCGGUCCGAGCAGGUGCAGACGGCAGCUCACUCGGCUAUCCCUCUGCCCCCUUCCAGGGGCCGGUCCUGCCUCCUACCAUCCGGGUUCGAGUUCGCGUUCAGGAUAACCUUUUCCUCAUCCCCGUCCCACACAGCAAGGAGGCCCACUCUGUGGCCUGGCUGGCCGAGCAGGCCGCCCAGCGCUACUACCAGGCCUGCGGGCUGCUGCCCAGGCUCACACUACGAAAGGAGGGGGCCCUGCUGGCCCCGCAGGAUCCCAUCCCCGAUGUGCUGCAGAGCAAUGAGGAGGUGUUGGCUGAAGUGACCUCAUGGGACCUCCCCCCGCUGACCGACCGUUACCGCAGGGCCUGCCAGAGCCUGGAACAGGGGGAGCACCCGCAGGUGCUGCAGGCCAUGGAGCGCCAGGGUGUGGGCCCCUUGUUCAGCGCCUGUUCCCUCGCCCUGCGCCAGGCCCAGCUCACCCCCUUGCUUCGGGCCCUCAAGCUGCACUCGGCACUCCGGGAGCUGCGCCUGGCAGGGAACCGGUUGGGGGAUGGCUGUGCCACUGAGCUGCUGGCUGCCCUGGACACUUUGCCUGGCCUGACCCUCCUCGACCUCUCUUCCAAUCACCUGGGCCCUGAAGGCCUUUGCCAGCUUGCCUCCGGUUUGGUGGGAAAAGCCACCCUGCAGAACUUGGAGGAGCUAGACUUAAGCAUGAACCCCCUCGGGGAUGGCUGUAGUCAGGCCUUGGCUUCGGUCCUGCGGGCCUGCCCUGCACUCAGCACUCUGCACCUCCGGGCCUGUGGCUUCGGCCCUGGUUUCCUCCUGAGCCACCAGGCAGCCCUGGGCCGGGCCUUCUUAGAUGCCAAGCACCUGAAGACACUGUCCCUGUCCUACAACAUCCUGGGCACCACCGCCCUGUCCCAGACCCUGCAGAGCCUGCCCGCCCAGACCCUCCUGCACUUGGAAGUCAGUUCCAUGGUGGCCAGCAAGACUGACCCGGGCCUGGUGGAACCCGUGGUCAGAUACCUGACCAAGGAAGGCUGUGCCCUGGCACACUUGAACCUGUCUGCAAACCACCUGGGUGACCAGGCAGUGAGAGACCUGAGCAGAUGUCUCCCUCUUUGCCCCUCACUUGUCUCACUGGACCUGUCUGCCAACCCCGAGAUCAGCUGUGCUGGCCUGGAGGAGCUCCUGUCUGCCCUGCAGGCGCGGCCCCAAGGCCUGAGCUUCUUGGGCCUGGCAGGCUGCACUGUCCGGGGUCCCCUCUGCCCCGGCCGCCCAGAGCCACGCGGGGCAUCAGUGGGAAGAGGGGGGGCAGGCAGAAGCGGAGACCUUUCCCGGAAGCUAACAGGCCCCAGGCAGUGGUGGCCUCGGCUCCAGCCGGCGAGGGGUCCUGGUGCAGGGAAGAUGGGCUCAGCCGUCAGAACGGUGCGAGGGGAGCCUGAAAUCCAGCUCCCCUCCUCACUGAGCCAGUGUCCCAGAAUCACCUGAACCCCCCGGGGCUCCUGCCCCUUCCCUUGCCACCGCCCUGCCACCCCCGCAGAUGGCCCGUGGCAUUGUCCUGGGACUGGGCUCCUGCUGCCGGGAGCUCCCCACCCCCCACCCCCACCUCACUCAGGCAGGGCCCGGGGUCAGGAGGCAAGGCUGGCCCUUCCCCCAGAUGCCAGCUCGGCAGACGGGUCAAAGGCUGAGAGGGAGCCUCGGGGAGCGGCCAGGCCAGACGCCACACCCAAGAGGCCCUCCCCAGCUGCCGAAGGAGAGACAAGCAGGCUCCCCGCGGGCUUUGGCCAUUUCCUGAGGAAUUCUCCAGGAGCCUGGGGGAGGGGAACAUGACUCAGCCCACCUCCCACAGGGAGACGCAGCCCAGGGCCCAGGAGGAGCGGCCCCACGUUCUCAAGGCUCUGGGGGUGCUUCAGCUCCCGGAGCCAGGGAGGACCCCUGGGAAGGGGUGGGAGGGGGCCCUCAGGUGGAAUGUCGGGGAGCAUCCUCGCUUGGGGGCACCCCGAGAAACAGCACUGCAGGAGGUGAUGCCCGAGGCCCUCAGGGGAGCAGCAGGCAGGAGUGGACCCCCGGGCCAUGCGUCCAGGGGCGGGGGCCCUCACCCCCGCAGGCAGCGGCUCCUGGGCCCGGAGGGGACCUGUCCUGGAUGCUCAGCCCGUGUCAGACAAGCACAGAGGCAGCAGGAAAUUCCAGGAGAGCUUCUCCCGCCCCACAACCACCUCAGGCCGCUCACCCCCCAGGCAGUGGCUCCUCGUUUUGGG